UUCCUCCUGAUGAAUGUUUGUUUCGUGACGCGGGAAAACACUCGGGUUUAUUUUUUUAAAAUAUACGAAUACUUGUAUUUUAUGUUCAAAUGUCUUUGGAGCAAAUAACAGAUAUUUACAUGUAGUUUAUUUGCAACAGUAUUUCAGAAUAUGGCGUCAUGUCUGCCUGCUGUCGCUGAACAGCUACUGAAAGACCUUCAGAAGACGUAUUCAGAGAAAUCCCAAAUCCCUGAUGAGCUGCUAAUAGCGUUGAGGUUUAUAUUUGGCUCCUGCACCCUGCAGGCGUUAGACCUGGUGGAUCAGCGCGCUGUAACGUGUGUGUCCUCACCCAGUGGCCGAGUAGUGUUCCAGGUACUGGGUGGAUCAGGACGCCUGUACACUUGCCACACGUCGUGUCAUUAUUGCCCCUGUCCAGCCUUCGCUUUCUCUGUGCUUAGGAGAAAUGAAAGUCUGGUGUGCAAGCACAUCUUGGCAGCCUACUUGUGCCAGGCCAUGGGUUUGUGCCAGCAGGAGCAGGUCUCAGAUCAGCACAUGACCCUCAUCCUGUCCGGAAGAGCUGCGCUGGAUCCAUAAAGCAGCGUUCUGGAAGGCGGCCCAGGCGGGGAGACGUACUGAAUUUUGUUUUUUUUGGGGUGUAGUUGGGGUGUGCACUGGAAUCAUAGUUCACAUGAAGGGAACUAGGGAAGCUCCAGGUCCUGGGAUUUGCAUAUUUCAUUUUUGACUGUCUCAGUUCAUUUUGCCGUUUUUAUUUAUUUACUACAUUUUUCUGGCUGGGAGAGCAGUACCACUAUUCCACUGGCCAUGGCUCGGUAACUAAUCUGAACCCAGGACUGUACGCAUCCUGACCAAUGGCCUGUGUUUGGUUUCCUGUCUCAUAAAAAUACCCCUGAAGCCAAGAGGAGUUCUCUGGAUGAUGUCUGCACGAUUAGUAAAAUACUACUACUAAAAUGAAAUCUAAACAUCACACACACAUAUAUAUAUAUAUAUAUAUAUAUAUAUAUAUAUAUCUACACACAGUAUAUUGAAUAUGGGAAACUGGGCGUUUGUUCUAAUGGCAUCGAACAACCCAAACGAAUCCACACGUGCCGAUACGUUAGUAGAAAUGUUGAGAAGCCUGUGUGUCUCUGAAUGUAGAUGGCAAACGUCGUCAGUCAUUAAAAUGCAUCAAAAAAACCCCCACAAGUAUUUGUUCAUAGUUAUAGUUUCAGUGGCAUUAUGGUAGAACCCAUGUAGGUUGUGACAGAAAUCCUAGCUUUAGCAUGCAGUCGGUACACUGUUAAUGACGGUGAAACUUUUUAUCUGUUAGGAUUGCAUUUGAUCAGUCACUCGUCUGAACUGUUUCCCACACUGGAACGUACUGUACCUGAGGAAGACGGGAAAAUGGUCUGCACUUAUAUAGCGCUGUUAUCCAAAGCGCUUUACACUGUGUCUCAUUCAUUCACUCACACACCAGUGGUAGCAGAGCUGCCACGCAAGGCGCUAACUUGCCAUCGGAGCAGCUUGGGGUUCAGUGUCUUGCCCAAGGACUCUUCGGUAUGUGGAGUCACGCGGGCCAGGAAUCGAACCGCCAACCCUACGAUUAGUGGACAACCCGCUCUACCACCUGAUCCACAGCCGCAAUAUAUUCAGAAGAGGUACGUGGCUACGGUGUGAUCCACCUGGCAGUAAAAGCUUGAACAAAACGCGGCACGGAUCCGUGCCAUCCGACAAGGUUCGGUGGACAAGCACUAUAGUACUCACUCAUUGCUCAUUAUUGGGGCAAAUUGACGCGGAGAUAAUGUUCUCAAACGUCAGCGUGAACGUUUACCGAAAGGUUCAGAAACUGCUAAAACGGUGUUUAGGUGAGGACUCCAAACUUGUUAAAAUGAAAUAUUUGAUCUUUCUUUAUCAUCCUCCAAAGAUUAUAUUCUGGAAUAAAAGUUUCAUUUA